GGGGGCGGCCGCCCGCUCUCUCCUCUUGCCGGCGCCGGCGUUACCCGCGGCGGGGGAGGGCGGCGGCAGGGCGGCCACCUGCACCUUCCCUCGCCGCCGGGGCGGCGCGGUGCGCGGCCUCCUCCUCCCUCCUUCCUUGCCUCGCUCCUUCCCUGCCCGCCGCCAUGGGGAGCGGCUGUCCGUCGCAGCCGGGCUGGCGGGCCUCUCUGGCCGCCCCUAUUUAUAACCGCGGAGCCGCGCCGGGGCCGCUCCGCCUCCCCGCCCGCCGCCGCUCAGCCCCGAGCGCUGCCCGCCCGGCCCCCGCCCGCGGCCCCCUUUGUGUGUGACCUACUCGGGAGCCGGCCCUUCCCGGCCGGGCUCCCGGCUCCUCGCUCCGGGAGCGCCAUGGAGCGGGGCUCCCCGCGGUGCCCAGCUCCCGCUCCUCUCCUUGCGCAGCCCAAACUCCGCCAGGCUCCCCGUUACCGCAUCCUUUCUCUUCCUGCCUUUCGCUCUCCUCGCCCACCUUUCUACCUUCGGGCCUCUGACUUCUUCUUUUCCCUCGGCCUUCGCUUCUUCCCGUAGUUCUCAGUUUUUCUCUUUGCGCUGUGCAGAAUUUUUUUAAACUUGGUCCUUCACGGAGCUUAGAAUUUGGGGUUUUUUUGCCUUUGCUAGGCCUGUGCUGGUCUUUCUUUCUGGCUGGAAGCUGUUUUGUCUUGAUCUCUGCUUCGUCCAUGGGUUUCUGCCACUCCCCAAAAGUUUUAGCCCUGCAGUCCCUUGCCUUCUUUUAUUUUCUCUCUGUGCCUUUAAUGUUCUGUUUCUUUUGUCUCUGUGCAUGCUCUCCAGUUUCCUUUAAGCAUUUAUUUCUAGCUCAGUGAUCUCUUAGCUUUUCAUUGUUCUGUCUUUCAUGAAGGCUGCUUCUUCCCAACUUUUUCUAGUUCUGUCUCUUGUGGGCCUUUGCAUGCCUUUGUGUCUGGAUUAGAUUCGUCCCAAAAGAUGAGGUGGUUGGGGUUUUUCAGGUUACAGAGAUUUUUCCCGUUUUGGGAGAGGACAGUGUGUCUAACCAGUGCACCUCUAGAUGAAACAGCGUUGAACAGUUUUAUGGUAACUCUGAGACAAAUGCACAUGAAAGUAACUUGGAGGUGGUUGCCUCCUAAACUUUCAGACCUCUGAAUACUGAGUUCUUCAGGACUAAAAAUUGUUAAGAGAAUGGUGGAGCCUGGAGACCCACUCCUGCUUAGUUGAAAGUAAUAUGAGAAGAGACCUAAAGGACAGGGAAAUAAAGUUUCAGUACAAAACGGUUCGAUUCAUCAAAAGGAUGCAGUAAAUGAUGAUGAUUUUGAGCCAUAUCUAAGUAGUCAGACAAAUCAGAGUAACAGCUAUCCACCAAUGUCAGACCCAUACAUGCCUAGCUAUUAUGCUCCAUCCAUUGGAUUUCCAUACUCUUUAGGUGAAGCAGCAUGGUCAACUGCAGGUGACCCUCCAAUGCCAUAUUUGACAACUUAUGGACAGAUGAGCAAUGGCGAACACCAUUACAUACCUGAUGGUGUGUUUAGUCAACCUGGGGCAUUAGGAAAUACCCCUCCAUUUCUUGGGCAGCAUGGAUUUAAUUUUUUUCCUGGGAAUGCAGACUUCUCUACAUGGGGGACAAGUGGAUCUCAGGGACAAUCAACGCAAAGCUCUGCUUACAGCAGCAGCUAUGGCUAUCCACCUAGUUCUCUUGGGAGAGCCAUAGCAGAUGGACAGGCUGGAUUUGGCAGUGAUACUCUGAGCAAGGUGCCUGGGAUUAGCAGCAUUGAGCAAGGCAUGACUGGACUGAAAAUUGGUGGAGAUAUGACGGCUGCUGUAACAAAAACUGUAGGUUCAGCUCUGAGCAGUACAGGUAUGACAAGCAUUGCAGCUAACAGCGUGCCCCCAGUUAGCAGUUCAGCACCUAAACCAACCUCAUGGGCUGCAAUUGCAAGGAAACCUGCUAAACCUCAGCCGAAACUCAAGCCUAAAGGUAAUGUGGGCAUUGGGGGCCCUGCUGUACCGCCGCCACCUAUAAAACACAACAUGAAUAUUGGAACUUGGGAUGACAAAGGGUCAGUGGUAAAAGCACCCCCAGCUCAACCAGUACUGCCUCCUCAGACUAUAAUCCAGCAGCCUCAGCCAUUAAUUCAACCACCACCACUGGUGCAAAGCCAACUGCCUCAACAGCAGCCUCAGCCACAGCAACCACAACAGCAACAAGGACCUCAGCAGCAGGCCCAGCCUCACCAGUUGCAGCAGCAACAGCUGCAAAACCGCUGGGUAGCUCCUCGUAAUAGGGGUGUGGGCUUCAGCCAGAACAAUGGAGCUGGUAGUGAGAACUUUGGUUUAGGUGUUGUAUCCGUCAGCUCCUCACCUUCUGGUGUGGAAGUGCACCCAGUGCUGGAUAAACUAAAGGCCAUAAACAACUACAAUCCCAAAGACUUCGAUUGGAAUCUGAAGAAUGGACGUGUGUUUAUAAUCAAAAGUUAUUCAGAGGACGAUAUUCACCGCUCCAUUAAGUACUCUAUCUGGUGUAGUACUGAGCAUGGGAAUAAGCGCUUGGAUGCUGCUUACCGGUCCCUGAAUGGAAAAGGCCCACUCUAUUUACUCUUCAGCGUGAAUGGCAGUGGACACUUUUGCGGAGUGGCUGAGAUGAAGUCUGUUGUGGACUACAAUGCAUAUGCUGGUGUCUGGUCUCAGGAUAAGUGGAAGGGGAAGUUUGAUGUCAAAUGGAUCUUUGUCAAAGACGUUCCCAAUAACCAACUGCGGCAUAUUCGCUUGGAAAACAAUGACAACAAACCCGUUACCAAUUCGAGGGACACUCAAGAGGUACCCCUAGAAAAAGCCAAGCAAGUGCUUAAAAUAAUUGCUACUUUCAAGCAUACCACCUCAAUCUUUGAUGACUUUGCACAUUAUGAGAAGCGUCAAGAGGAGGAGGAAGCCAUGCGUAGGGAGAGAAAUAGAAACAAACAAUAACUAUAUGGAGAUGUCCUGCUAGAAUACAACACUAAUGAUGUAGACUCUGGAAAUGCCUAAUAUGUCUAAGAAGACGUUAUUAAAGCUUUUUUCUGCUUAAGGUGACAUCUUUGAACACUUUAACACGAAAUUGACUCUUCUUGUAAUGGUUCUCAUCAGUGCAUCUGCCCUUAUACUCUCUCACCAAACACACUUGAGAACUGUACCUUCGUCAAGCACUUUCUGUCCUGAAGCUUUUACCAGUAUCUGCUGUCUUUUGUAUUUAUGCAUCCUAGCUAAGGCACAGGAGACCGAACGAAUGCAAGGAUUCAUUAACUCUUUGAAUUUGUUAAAUACUAACAUUUAACCAUUAGAAGUGGUUCAAUGAUGUGAGAUUCACAUUGCUUCAACUUAAUUUUUUCUUUGUUGUAGUUUUUUUAAUUGUCAGUUUUUAGCUAUUCAACAGAUUAAAAGCAAAUCAUGCCAUAUUUAGUCCUGGAGUAAAACUCAAGUCUAAAUGUUCAUGUGAAAAUUAUUGUAGUAAUCUUUUAAUAUGGCAAAGCAACUUUAAGCUGCAGUUUAGCCAAAUGAAUUGUAACAUGAAAUUAUAAUAGAAUGACAUUUCCCUUGUUUCGAACUGUUUGGUGUAAGAGAAUAUUAAUAUGCAGCUUGGUGGACACCACCAGUUAAUGCACAUUUCUUUAUUUUUUUUUCUGUAACAUGUAUACUGAAAAAAGUGCAUUUGUCUGAGGAACUGUUUGUUUGCUACCACUCAAUGAAUCUCAGUUUUGAGUAAAUGUACCUCAGUCUAAAUCAGACUUUUUAUGACCUUUAUAACUACAUUUAAAAUAAUCUUUAAUUCCUAUUUCUGGGUGUUUGCAAGCCUGACAGAUUGCUAUCAUGAAAGUGAAAAUUUACUCCUCUAGGUGAUUCACUAGCUAAAUAAACAUAAUUCUUGUUUAGCAAGCAUA